UGGUACAGAACUUUUGGGUUUUUUUUGGCUAACCAAUUGAGUCGUUUCAGAUUUUUUUGGAGAGACAAACAUGUCUUUCUACCUGAAUCUCGUUUUCGGCGUUGCAUUGGGCAUCGGAUUGAUUGUUGGUUUCGCUCGUUACGAAAACACCCGAUCCAAGCGUCGCUCGGAUUUGGCUGCAACUGUUGCGGCUUUCGCGAGGAUGACAGUUCAUGAUUCGAGAAAGAUUCUUCCAGCUGAGUUCUACCCUUCUUGGGUUGUGUUUUCGCAUCGACAGAAGUUGAGGAUGCUUAUAAUUGUUUGUAUUGAUAAUGUUUCUAUUGAUAAUUUGCAGUUAAAUUGGCUAAAUGUUCAACUUGAAAAAAUAUGGCCAUACGUAAAUGAGGCAGCUUCAGAGCUAAUACGAAGUUCUGUUGAGCCCAUUCUGGAGCAAUAUAGACCAGUUAUCUUAUCUUCUCUCAAGUUUUCUAAGUUGACUCUUGGUACUGUGGCUCCACAAUUUACAGGAGUUUCUAUCCUUGAAGGUGAUGCCAAGGGAAUCACAAUGGAGUUGGAGAUGGAGUGGGAUGGAAACCCCAAUAUCGUACUUGAUAUUAAAACCAAAGUUGGUGUUGGAUUACCUAUACAGGUCAAAAACAUUGGAUUCUCUGGGCUUUUCAGAUUAAUCUUCAGACCUCUAGUUGAUGAGUUUCCUUGUUUUGGGGCGGUUUGUUUUUCUUUGCGAGAGAAGAAAAAUCUGGACUUUACGCUCAAAGUUGUUGGAGGGGAUUUAUCAGCAAUUCCUGGAAUUUCUGAUGCUAUUGAGGAUACAAUACGAGAUGCUAUUGAAGAUUCUAUUACAUGGCCAGUUCGGCAAAUUAUACCCAUAUUACCCGGGGAUUACAGUGACCUUGAGUUGAAGCCUGUUGGAACAUUAGAUGUAAAGCUCAUACAAGCCAAGGGGUUAACAAAUAAAGACAUCAUCGGGAAAUCUGAUCCUUACGCAGUGAUAUUCAUACGCCCAGUGCGCGACAGAAUGAAAACUAGCAAAACAAUUAACAAUCAGUUGAAUCCAAUCUGGAAUGAGCACUUUGACUUCAUAGUUGAAGAUGAAUCGACCCAAUACUUGACAAUAAGAGUUUUUGAUGAUGAAGGGGUGCAAGCUUCUGAACUCAUUGGUUGUGCUCAUGUGGCUCUGAAAGAUCUUGAGCCUGGUAAGGUCAAGGAUGUGUGGUUGAAACUGGUCAAGGAUUUGGUGAUUCAGAGGGAUAACAAAGACAGGGGUCAGGUUCACUUGGAGCUUUUAUUUUGUCCUUUCGGCACAGAGAGUGGAUUGACAAAUCCUUUUAACACCGACUUCCGGUUGACUUCACUGGAGAAGGCCCUUAAAUCAGGAAAUGAUGGAACAGAAGCUGCUGACAUUGCAAAAUCUAGCUCUCAGAGGAGAAAGGAUGUAGUGAUUGUUAGAGGAGUUCUUUCUGUGACAGUAAUAACUGCCGAAAAUUUGCCUGCUGUAGAUUUAAUGGGUAAAUCGGAUCCCUUUGUUGUGCUUGUACUGAAGAAAUCUGAGCAGAAACACAAGACUCGGGUUGUAAAUAACACCUUGAAUCCAGUUUGGAACCAGACAUUUGACUUUGUAGUUGAGGAUGGGUUACAUGAUUUACUAAUCACAGAAGUCUAUGAUCACGACACUUUCGGGAAGGAUAAAAUGGGAAGAUGCAUCAUGACACUCACCAGGGUUAUAUUAGAAGGGGAAUUCACCGACACAUUCCCCAUAGACGGAACUAAAUCGGGAAUUCUACAUUUGCAUCUCAAGUGGACACCACAGCCAUUGCCCCGGGAUCCUUGAUGAGUUAGAAGAGGUACACAAGAAUUUUUCUUUGUCACCCCAACCUAAAUUUCGAGUUUUCUUGCAAGUUCUUGAGGUGAAAGAGCUUGUUGGGGGGAAAAAAUUGCGAACCAGGCUCUGAUCUAGCUUUUGUUUUGUUUUGUGUUUUUUGUUUUGCAUUUUGGUUUUUGUUUUUCCCUACCAACAAUGGUAAGGCAAAUUUAGAGAGAAUAUGUUUUACAAAUUUAUUUCAUAUUGUUUAUGAACUGACAUGCAAAGAGAGAGAUGCAUGCUGCUGUUAAUGUUGUAGAUAUAGUGGAAUUUAAAAACAUUGAGAUUAUAGGAAAUAUUUUUUGAAGGACACUGACUAGGUGUUCGAGAUCAUUGAUUCUCAAUUGAAAUGUCAAGAACAUUCUGAUA